AUUGUAGAGGACUGGGGCCAGACAGACGCUAGUCAGUGUUCAGACUCGGACUGCUCCUACCUUUUUAUACGUCAGACGUAACCAUGAUUUCAUUCAAACAAGUUGUGUUUUUGUGCUCCGCAGUCCUUGCUCUCGCUACUGCCACAAACGUGGAACAAUGUCCUGAUAGAUCAAUAGAGGGUCUGUCAGAGAGUGUGCAGCUGAGUCCAUGCAAACGAUCACCCUGCCUUCUAAGAAAAGGAACUAAUCAGCACAUCACAGUACAUUUUACACCCGAUCAAGAUAUUUCGGUUGUCAAGAAUCACGUCACGGCUGAGGUAUUUGGGGUGCCACUGCCUUUUGUGGGAGUGGACGGAAACUCUAUUUGUGACAAAAUAACGACGGAGGAUGGUGAAAAGGCAUCUUGUCCUUUGAAAGCUGGCACUAAGUACAUCUACAAAGAUUCUUUUCCCGUUCUAAACUUUUAUCCAAGUAUAUCGGUAAAAGUACACUGGGCGCUAACAGAAGGAAAGAACGAAUUAAUGUGUUUUGAAAUACCAGUGAAAAUUAAUUAAUUAAAUAAAAUACUUUGUUUGAUACAAUAAAAAGUAACAAACCUAAAUAA